CCCUCCCCCCUCCACCCCUUACCCUCAGCGGGGGGUCGGAGCAGCUUGCUGGGAGCCAGUGUGGGGUUAGGAGCGGGCGGUGGCGACGACAGCCUGGGGCUCUGGCCACUGACUCGGGGACUCUAGCCCGAGUCUCCGUCCGCUAGGAUUUGGAGGCCGCCAGCGGCUCGGUUGCGCCCCCGUCGGUCCCCUUUCUCAGCCUAUCUGGGGGUCCCCUCGGCAGCUCCCCGCUAGCGGCCGCGCCCCUCUGCCGCCUCCGCCCCGGGCCGGAGGAUCUGCGCUCCCCUCCCCCUCGGCCGCGGGGCCGCCGCCCCCGGAGGGCGGUCUGGGGCUACUCCGAUGGCCCCCGGCUCCUAGCCGGGGGAGGAGGGGGCUGGGCGCCUUCGGGAUCCGGACUCAGCGCGGCGGCGGCGGCGGCGGAUGCAGACGACCGUGGGGGGGCCGUGAAGGGGCGGCCGCCGCCUCCCGCCCCCGCCCCCGCCGUCCCCACUUCGCUCAGUCGGUCCUCUCGGCGGCCGGCAGGGCCAUGUCCGGGGUAGUGAGGACCCUCAGCCGCUGCCUGCUGCCUGCCGAGGCCAGCGGGCGGGAGCGCCGGGGCGGCGGCGGCGGCGGGAGCAGCAGCGGCAGCCGGGACUCGGAGCGGGAGGCCCGGCGGCGGAGCCGGGAGAUUGACGCGCUGCUGGCCCGGGAGCGGCGGGCGGUGCGGCGCCUGGUGAAGAUCUUGCUGCUGGGGGCCGGCGAAAGCGGCAAGUCCACCUUCCUGAAGCAGAUGCGCAUCAUCCACGGCCGAGAGUUCGACCAGAAGGCGCUGCUCGAAUUCCGGGACACUAUCUUCGAGAACAUCCUUAAGGGCUCAAGGGUUCUAGUUGAUGCUCGAGACAAGCUCGGUAUUCCUUGGCAAUAUUCAGAGAAUGAAAAGCAUGGGAUGUUCUUAAUGGCCUUUGAAAAUAAAGCUGGGAUGCCUGUUGAACCUGCCACUUUUCAACUAUAUGUACCUGCUCUGAGUGCUCUUUGGAGGGAUUCUGGCAUCAAGGAAGCCUAUAGCCGCAGGAGUGAAUUUCAGUUGGGUGAAUCUGUGAAGUAUUUCCUGGAUAACUUGGACCGGAUUGGCCAGCUGAAUUAUUUUCCUAGUAAGCAAGAUAUUCUGCUGGCCAGAAAAGCCACGAAAGGAAUUGUGGAACAUGACUUCAUUAUUAAAAAAAUACCUUUCAAGAUGGUUGAUGUGGGUGGGCAACGAUCUCAGCGUCAGAAGUGGUUCCAGUGUUUUGAUGGAAUCACCUCAAUUCUAUUCAUGGUUUCCUCCAGUGAAUACGACCAGGUCCUCAUGGAGGACAGGCGCACCAACCGGCUAGUAGAGUCAAUGAACAUCUUUGAAACCAUCGUCAAUAACAAGCUCUUUUUCAAUGUUUCUAUCAUUCUGUUCCUCAAUAAAAUGGACCUCCUCGUGGAGAAGGUGAAGACUGUCAGCAUUAAGAAGCACUUCUCAGACUUUAAGGGUGACCCUCAUAGGCUGGAGGAUGUUCAGAACUACUUAGUUCAGUGUUUUGACAGAAAAAGGCGGAACCGAAGUAAGCCACUCUUCCACCAUUUCACCACUGCCAUAGACACUGAAAACAUCCGCUUUGUGUUUCAUGCUGUGAAGGACACAAUCCUGCAAGAAAAUCUGAAGGAUAUUAUGUUGCAGUGAAGAAGAAAGUCCCCUUUUCUUUUGUCAUCCUUAAAUGGACUCAAGGGCUCUUGGUCAGAUGAUGAUGAUGAUGUGUGUGUGUGUGCUUGUGUGCGUGUGUAAGCAUAUGUGUGCUUGUGUGUGUAUGUAAGUAUAUGUGUGCUUGUAUGUGUAUAUGUUAUCUAUAGGGCCCUUGUAUGUUUCUAAGAUCCACGCCAUUAUUUAGCCAGCUCAGGAAUGCUGUAAAACUAGCCAACUCAAACAGAUGAGCUCUAGGCAAAAGGACUUGGAAACUUUGAUAUUAGCUACUGAAUUAUGGGGACAAGUAAAACUACUGAAAAACCAAGUGGUUGCUUUGGUAUAAAAGCCUGGUUUAGCAUACUGAGGAACACAGCCUUCUUUUUUGGAGAAACAUUAAAUUUACUUUUUUUUUUUUCUUUUUUUGACACUUUUAAAGAAACUAACCUAAAAGAAGACUUUUUUUUUUUUCCAACAACAAACUCCGUAGCUUUAUGGAUUGUAUUAUUUCUAGCUUUCAGGUACUCAAUGAACAACUAACCUGAAAAUUUUGCUCAGUUGUAGUUGUACUAAAAAAUAAAUUCCAGCUGAUAAUGUUAGCUCAAAGCACAUGAACCUAAACUGACACUCUGCAGCCAGAUUCCACACACUCCAUUUGGCUAGGAAUCUAAUGCCACUUCCCUUGGCAAAUGUAUAGUUGCCUUUUAAGACUCAUGUACCAAUUUUAAAGAUAUGAACCUAGGAGUUGCAAAUUAAGCCAAAUUGCCAUAUAUAAGAACUCAUUUCUCUGGGCUUACAAAACAAGAUUUUUUUUUUUUUAAAUAAAAAAUCUUGGGCCUUAGUUGAUAUGAACUCGUUUAAUUUUUGAGCUACAAAAAUGUGUGCAGUUUUUCUUGCCUCAUAAACAAUUAAAUUACCAGUAAUGCAACACGUAAUAGAUUUGUGGUGCCAAAGCACAUUUUGACAGGGAAUGUUUAGCUACCUAUAUUCACACAGUGUGGGUGCUUUUUAGCUUUCUACUUUUCUUGAGGUUUUUGCCUUCUGCUUGGUAACACUUGGAAAAAUUUCCUUCUAGAAACAACAGCUCAACCUCCUUCCUAUAGAAGCUCCUAUCUUAAGCAAAGCUUUUGUUAAUACAGCUACUGCUUGAUAAGUUCCUAACAGAUGACCUUACAGGAAGCCCCAAAAUUCCCUGGAGAAAUCCUAGUUUCACAGCUGCACUUAUGCCUUUGGACACUAGGGCCUGUUUCAGCCACUCCUUUAAAUCUAAUUCUUGUAAAGGAGUUCUGUUUUGUAUUAGUACAUUAUGUGACAAGUAAAUAAAUAGUGUCAGAUUUAGCUAUCUAGCUCAAACUGCAGAAUGCUGUAAAUGUGGUGUAAACUGGUUAAACUUGUCUAGUUACCUGCUAGGUGCCUUUCACUGUUUUUGAAACAUUAUAUAUAUUUCAAACCUGAUUCACUCACUACUAUGCAUUACUUUUCUUAAAAGGUCUAUCUGGUGCAUUGUUAGUUUUCCAACAUCAAAAAAUUUGCUGUGCAACAGGCACCAGUAGUUUCUAUAUACAUACAUACAUACAUACAUAUAUAUAUGUGUGUGUGUGUGUGUGUGUGUGUGUGUGUGUGUGUGUGUGUGUCUGGUAUAGGUUAAGGGCUCUCAUAUAAACUGAGUGAACAGGAUCCUUGAUUUUUGUGUCCCAUUUGAAACUCCAUCCUGGUUUAUUCAACAUCCCAGAUGAAUUUCAGUUUUUUUGGCCAGUUAGUUUGUGAUAGAUAUUGAUUAAAAAAAAAUCCUACUGUGCUUUUAAUUAACCCUAAAUAGUAAUGCUUUGAAUUAGGACAAAAUAUGAAAUUCUCUUCCUUUGUGGUAUGCAAGAAUUUGUGUCAGAAUUUGCUGGGUUGGUUUUUCACUUUGAUGCAUAAAAAAAGGUUUAUUAUGGUGGUUCCUUUUAAUCUUGUGGGUCUUCAUAGACUAGGGAUCAGUCUUGUUAAUUUUUUUAAUGUUCCUAACACUGUCCUAUAAGAUGGGAUGUAAGAUCACAUUUCUAUUACUUAAUAAUUAGAUGAUUGCAAAAUAACUUGCCUGGACCAAUUUUGUAUUUAUCUCAUGGAGAAAUGCAAGCUAGUGAAACAUCUUAGAAAUAUUUUGCAAUAAUUUUGAUGUUUAAUCUGUGUUAUAGCUGUUUUCAUGAUGGAUAAGGCAGAAUAUUCCCAACAGCUGAUGGAAUCAUGUGAAAUACCUUUCUGAGAUCUCCCACUUGAUUGAUUAACUGGCAAGAUUUAAAGCAACAUUGGAGAGGAGCAUGAAAUAUUUUUAAACAACCAAAAAUGUUUACUAACCUACUCUUAAUGAAGUGUAGAAGUAAAAAGAACUUUGUAAAUGAUACAUUGUUCUAUAGGAUUCACAAGAGAAUGAAAAAAGGUUAAGUGGCUUGGGUUCUAAUAAUGUCUGUUCUGCCAACUAGUUGGCCAGCCUUAAGCAAAUCUCAUCCACUCUGAACCUCGACUUCUUCUUUUGCAAGAUGAUUUUAUAAUUCCAAGAUUAUGUACCUUAGAAUUCCCCAUUUUUUUGAGUGGGGAAGUUAGUGGCAAUUUGCAAGGCUGAUUUAAAAUAAUUAGCAACAUUUCAAUCAUUAGAAAUUACUGCAUUCAGAUUUGCAGUGGUUUUUAGCUCUAAAGGAAAACUUUUGAACUAUUGCCUUUUAUAAAUGUCAUACCUUUAUUUGCAAUGAUUACUUUUGAUGCUUGUGUUCUAUUUUUCAUUAAUAUGUUGAAGAAGUAGUAAGGUAAAGUACCCUAAUUAUUAAUGGUAAAGUAAUACACACUAUUUUUCACACUAUGCUUGGCUUUCUUACACAUGAGGAACUAUAGUUUUGAUUAAAAGAGCAUAGUUUUUAACUUUUCUAUUUAUAAAAGAUAUGAAUUUUGAAGAUCUUGAAUCCUUAGCUUUGUGGUUUAUAAUACUCUCUAGAACACUUGGGCAUAUAACUUUUAAAACAGCUCCUUUGGCAAAAAAAAAAAAAAAAAAAAAAAAAAAAGGACUUGUCAAAUUAUAUUAGCUACAAAUUUAAAUGCAAUGUAGAAUUUAUGAUUGUAUGGGAAGGUUCUGAAAAUGUACCCUCUCUCCCACUUUGGUAUUGUUAAAUUAUGGCACAACAUUUUGAAAGUUGUGAACAACUUGGCCAAAUCUUACUCCUUUGUAAUAUGUUAUUAUUGGCUAAGAAAGACAGAUUGAGAGACUUGACACCUUCCCUUAAUCAUCUUCAGAUUCUGAAUGAAUGUUUAUUUAAAAUUUGAUCCUUAAUUUUUUUUCUGCUUUUCUUCAGUAUUGGGUUUCACUAGAUCAAAAGUGGUUCCAAAAACUUAACUCAAAAAACUCCACCACCAAUCUGACUCUUAGAGCUAAAAAGUUCAGAUUAGAUGUACAUCGGCUUACUUUGGCUUGUUAGGGACUGUCCUUAAUGACAGAUUGUUAUUAUUCUUUUCAUGUGCCCAGUAAAACCUAAGAGCCACAGCUUUGGGAAACGCAAAAGCAUCUUGGAUUCAUUGCAAAUGGGAUUUUGAGGAAUGCUACAACAUUCCAAAACUUAUCCCCAGUGAACAGCUUAGUUAAUAAAUCCCAGAAAAUAUCAGUAAGAAGCAAAGGGGAAUCUUUCUGUGCAAAACCUGUUGCAACUCCCUGGACCUGUCACAGCCAAAAAAAAAUCAGUAAGCCAGUCAGAGGAAGGAUGUAGAUUAUAAUCGGAACUUUUAGCAUUGUUUAUUUUCCAUGCAUUUUUCUGGCAAAACUAUAAAAUAAUUCACUAUGGCAAAUAUUUCAGUUCUCAUCCUUUUAAAAUAAUUGUAAACAAGGUUAUAUAGUGCAUUUUAAACAAGAUUAUAUAAUACUCUUAGUUUUUAUCUAUAGCAAUGGGCAAGGUGACAGUGUGUAUUUACAUGUGCCUACAACAUAUUGAAUAUGGAAGCCACCCCAGGAAAAUACCAAAGAGAUCCUUAAUAUGGUCAGAACAUCAGUUUCAUUAGACAGGAUAAUCAGCAACAUAUGCUAUUCCAUAAUGACUCUUAGCCAAUAGCAUGCCUUAAGCAGAUUUCCCAGUAGCACAAAAAAGGAUAGAUCUUAAUUCCAAGUUUUAUUGAUGAUUUGAGUAAGUGAAUAGAGAGUUCAUAAGCACAAUUUUCUUCAAGAUGUGGAGAAAUCUUUCAGCUCCUUUGGUGUAAAGUCAAUAAAUUAUACAGGAUAUGCUUAGCCAUCCCAUUCUAAAUGAUGCUUUGGAAUCUAAAAGGUUUGCUUUGAAGAGUGUAAAACAUCUUCACAAAGAAUUCAUUUGAAUUAGCUUCCAUCAUCAAUUCUAAGGGAAAUAUACAAGAUAUAGAUGGACAGAGUUUGACUUGUUCUCAUUAGCAUUAAAGAGGUGGUUCUCUUGUUUCAUUUAAGAGUGGGAAACAGUUGUCAACUUUAAAAUAAAAUCAUUAAAUCCUUAUUUAAAGGGAUUUACUGAGUUCUAAAACUUGGUGGGUUGAAAACUUCUAGUAAGGUAGCUCUGAAAAGAGAGGCUAAUUUAUACAAAAUAAAGAGCAGUUUUUGCUAGUUUUUAAAAAUAUUGUCUCAGGUUGCAUUUUGUAAUGGUGUCUUUUGGGCCUUGAAGAUAAAGCUGGCAGUUGAAAAAAAUUUUGGGAAGCUGAUAAUGCUAAAGAUUCAUUGUAUUAUUAAUGUUUUAUAUGACAGGGUUUAAAGAUGUAAGUUGAAAAGUAAGUGUGCAUUAUGGGUCAGAAGAAGAAUUUAAAUUUUAAUUUUAUAUGUCACAGCAUCUACCAUGGCACCAACCAGACAUGAACACAACAAUAAUACCCUCAACAUCUGAGGACAGAGUUUAAGAUAAUUAGGGAUCAGCUUCUAAUAUUUAUCAUUAUUUUACUAAUUAAUCAUCUCACUAGCUUUCUAGAAAUUGAAUAAUUACUUUAAAUUGAAUAACUUGUGUUUUGCACAUUCUUUUAAAAUAUCUAAUUCAAUUUACAAAAGCAGGUGUAAAUGUUCUGACCCUUAAGACAUAAUUGAGAACAUCAGUAUAGAUCUAGCCUUGGAGUAAAGAAUGUUCAAGCCACAUCCCAGCUAUGUAACCCUGGUGAAAUUACUUAACCUCUUACUGCCCCAGACAAGUCAGACCAUAAAUUACAGAGCAGUUGUCAGUCUGUGUUGGUAGAAGGCAUUUUCUCACCUGGAAUUCCCUCCACCAAUGAAAUCAUGCCUUCAAUCUUUACCCCACUUCACCUUCUUUAAAAAACAAACAAAAAAACGUAAUUUCUCUUUAAACCUACAGUAUUCUCCAGGCUCUUUUCUCUUGAUUGAAUGUUAUAGGAUACCUCAAACUCAGAGUGGCUCUCUAAAAUAAAUAGCAUGUAUAGACUAGCACUGUUAAUUAACACUUAGGGGAGAGUUACCUGGUCCAAAAUACUUAUUGGAAAAUAUAUGGAAAAUCUAGUGUAUGGUAACCUCUGUUUUUAUAUUGCUUCUGAACCAGGCACUGAGAGGGAUUUAUCUAGCUUCUCUUUUCUUAACAUUUAAAUAUGAAAUUUCCUGGAAAAAUCAUAUGUCUACCAAGCAAUAGGGGGAAGAAAAAGUCUAGAAAUAACCUAUAACAAACUCAUUCUGUAGAAUUGUCCCUGGUAUACCUGAACCUCACUUGAUUUUGUGGUUCAUAGUGCUUUCUUGAAUGAAAACUGGAUACAGGUCCCCAAAGGCCAGACAAGUUUCUCUUGCCUUGGUAUGGCUUCUUGUUCCCUGUUAUUAUUUAUGACUAAGGACUUGAGAAGGGUUGAUAGUGAUCAGUAGUGGGCUACAUUGUUCCUGGAAAAAUACAAAAAUAUCCUAUAAAGUAGGAUACCAGAUCUUGGAAAGAUGAACGAAAGUUUGAUGAUGAUCCUAAGAUUUUAUCUUGACUAUGUAAAUUGUGUAACUUUUCAGAAAGAUUCCAUAGGUAUUAAACAAAACUACCUUGAAAUAUCUGAGAUUCUCAUUUUCAAAGGAAUCCUAUAAUCUUCAUUCAUAAUGAACUCUGCAGGGAUGUAAUGUGGAAAUUUAAUCUUGAUUACUUAAAUUUAGUCAAAUUUCAGGCUUUGUCAAACCAGAAAAUCCGGUUACAUCCUCUGAGCAAGCUAGAAAGGGUGUUAAGUUCUUUGGAAGAUAGUUCUCUUUCCCAUUCAUUGCACUUUUUUGGUUUUCCUAAGUGAGUUGCCCCAAAUUUUCACUUUGGUCUGUCAUUUAAUUAGGAUAUCUAAAUGAAAUCAAAGCAGCUCAAUACUUUAGCAAUUGAUAGCUUUAAAAAAUAAUCCCAAGCCCCAUUUGUUAGUAUUGUCAGCAAAGAAGCCAGUGGAUCAAAGAACCAAAUCAAUCCCUGCAGAAAAGUUGUUGAGUUGGUGAUUUGAGGGGAGGCUUUCUUUUUCCUGGCCUGGGCCUGUUCUCAGAAAAAUAAAGGGCUACUGUUCCCAAUGCUGUUACUGUGGCUCCUUUUUAUUAGCACUGAAUUCACUUUAUUUUAAUAAUUAAAAAGCUGACGUUUUUCACCCAAGUGGACAGAAUCCCAGCAGUUCAGAGUCAAGGUAGAUGUUUUCCUGUGGAAAUUCCCAGAGCUAUAUUUUCUUAAGAAUUCUCAGAAGUCCUCUGAGGUCUGCUUCAAAUAGCCCCAGCUUUUGUCUGCAUGGGUCAUUUUAGACAAUGUUUCUUCAGGUACAUGAGAGAGAGAGAGACAGUUGUAACUAAGUGAUAUUGACGGACUUGGAAGUCACAAGAAAAGUUCAUCUCUGAACACAUAACAAGCGGUUCAGUAUGUAUUUGAUGCCAAGUAGUUAAGAGGUAUGGAGCUUUUUGAGUAGACUGUAUAAAUAAUUAUUACAAUCUCAGUUUUGGCAGAAGUCCAAGGUUUACUUCUAGUUGACUUUAGAAUAACCCCAGUCAGAAAGGAAGAGGCACAUCUACCUCUGAGAACAGGCUUGCUGGGAAAAGGCCAAACUAUCCAACAGGGAGGAUCCAUUUUCUGACUUCUUCUAAAUGCUGCUCCCUAAAAUUUCAGUCUCCACCCUGAAGCAGAAUUUUGUUUGAGUUGGUCUGUACCUUUUACUGAAACAACCUAGGAGAGUUCAGCAGCUGGAUAGUUGCUAUGAAUCAGAAUUGCUAAAAAUGCCAAGAUCUUCUUUGAACAUUUUUUUCAUGAAACAUCCCCUAAUAAACUGGACCACUUAAAAUUCUUUUACACAGUUUUAUGUAAUGACAUAUAAGAUCCUUACCACAAAGCAGUUUUUAUACUUUUUAAAAAGGGAAUAAUGAGCAAAGAAAACUUGCUCAUACUAGAAGCUGUGAAAUUCAGUUUUCAAGUUGAACCUCACUCAGAAGUCUGAAAAUUAAACCAUAAUUAAAAUUUAGCCUCAGUUUUAUAUGAGUUCGGUUGCACAUUUGCCAAACUGAUUUGCAAAUAGAUUGGCAGAAGUGUACAUCUGUUAUUUCAGUAUGUGUUUGAUAGAUUCUCACAGGUUCCAUGAUAAGUCAUUACUGUAGUUUUCACAUUGAGUCUGAAGAAUCUUUGAGCUUCCAGGAUAAAUGUGCAUUGCCCUGGUAAUUUUCAUUUUGCCCGGUAGAUUACAAUAGUUGCUAACAAGUCUUCUGGGUAAAUAAAAACUAUUAACUUGUUCUCCGUUGAAUCAGUUGAACAUUACAAUUGUUAAUAAUAACACUUUGAACUAUUAUGUGAAUUCUUUACACACUUGCAUAAUGUGCUUUUUCUCUUAACACCAUUCAAACCAAAUAAAGUUGACUGGCAUGCUAUUUGGUGUUGACACACAACUCUCGCCAGGAAAUUCAGUGUUAAUAUGCUCCAUCUUCUAUUCAUUGCCACUCUGUCCUUAACUCACCCUAUCAGUCGGUGCUUUGGUUUUGUAGCAUUUCCUAUGCAACCGCACACAUUGCUCUGAGCACUGUACAAUAUUCUUGCAAAAAGGGGUGAAUUAAAAGAUGACAGUUUAGCCUUAACACUUAAGUAUUCACAGGAGAAAACUUUUUUUAAAAUAAGGGUUUUACAUACUAAACAAGAAUACCAAGAGAUGCAUAACGUGAAUGCACCAUAGCUGACUUCUGAUUUUGGAAGUGUCUAUGUAGCACCAAAACAGCAUCCACAGUAGGCAGCCAACUUUGCUGUGAUAAAAGUCUCAAUUUAUGAAUAAAUACUGUGUACUAGAUUAAAAUAUAUAUUGUGAAGUGUAAAAAGUGUAUUUUAUAGCUACGGUGGAUUAGUUAAUGUGUUUUGUAUAUAUGAUUUUUAUAAAUCUAUUAAACUUGCCUUACAUUACCUCUA